AAACAUUAUGUUCAAAAUAAUCCUUAAGCACAGAUUUUCUUAAAAUACCCAAUGGUAUACAUUCAAUUCAGCUCACGUAUGGAAACGGAAGCAAGGAUUAUAUUUAUGAACAAGAACCUGUCCUAUAUAUUCCCAAAUGCUCCUUCGAGUGCCGUUGGAAUUGCAGUGCGUAUCAUUGCAUCAUGUCUGUGGAAGAGUUGUACAGCCAGGCCACCUCUGUGGCUUUGAAACAACACCCCAAACAAACAGACAAAGAGAUUAGAUAUGGCACCGCUGGAUUCAGAACUAAGGCUGAUAUGCUGGACUCCAUCAUGUACAGAAUGGGACUGCUGGCUGUGCUGAGGUCUAAAAUUAAACAAGGCGCCAGUAUCGGGGUGAUGAUCACGGCCUCGCACAACCCGCAGCCGGAUAACGGCGUGAAACUGGUGGACCCGCAAGGGGAGAUGCUGGAGGCCGCCUGGGAGGCCAUUGCCACCGACCUGGUCAACGUCAGUGACGCCGAGCUCGGCCAAAAGCUGAAAUCCAUCGUGGAGUCCAAGGGCAUCCAGUGGUCCAACCCGGCGCACACCGUAGUCGGACGGGAUACCAGGCCCAGCUCCCCGGCGCUGCUCAGGGCCGUCCUGGACGGGAUCGCCGCGCUGAAGGGCGAGGUGGUGGAUCUGGGCAUUGUCAGCACCCCGAUCGUCCACUAUGUGGUGACGUGCAUCAACUCGAACGGCGCCUACGGCCAGGCCAGUGAGGAAGGCUACUACAAGAAACUGACGGACGCCUUCAAAAAGCUCCGGCCCGAGCCCACCAACGGCAACUACCAGCCGGCCGUCAAGUUCGACGGUGCCAACGGCGUGGGAGCCAUCAUGAUGCGUCGCUUCAUCGAGCUGUUGGGCCCGUCACUGCGGGUCGAGAUGUACAACGAGUCCGGCGAGCUCAAUCAUCAGUGCGGCGCCGACUUUGUCAAGGUGCAACAGCGACCGGCAGAGGGCAUGACCCUGGCGCCGCACGCGCGCUGCGUGUCGGUCGAUGGUGACGCCGACCGCAUCAUCUACUUCUACGUGGACGACAACGAGAAGUUCCACAUGCUCGACGGAGACCGGAUCGCUACCCUGGUGGCCGGUUACCUGCGCGAGCUUCUGGAGGCCAGCGGGCUGCAGCUGGACCUGGGCCUGGUACAGACGGCCUACGCCAACGGCAGCUCGACCAAAUACAUCACUGAGCAGCUGCAUGUGCCCGUAGCCUGCACCCCGACCGGCGUCAAACACCUGCAUCACCGCGCCGUCGACUUCGACAUCGGCGUGUACUUCGAGGCCAACGGUCACGGCACGGUGGUGUUCAGUUCGGCGGCGCAGCGGAAGAUCGCCGAGGCCGGCGCCGAUCCCAGUCUGAGUGAGAGCCAGCGGGCGGCGGCCGGCCGGCUGCGCGAUGUCAUGGACGUCAUCAACCAGACGGUGGGAGACGCCAUCUCGGAUAUGCUGCUGGUCGAGACAGUGCUGCACGCUCGCGGCUGGAGCAUCGCCGACUGGAGUGCCGCCUACAGUGACCUGCCCAACCGGCAGCUCAAAGUCAGCGUCAAGGACCGUACGGUAGUGACUACUACGGACGCUGAGCGCCGCUGCGUGACGCCUGAUGGACUGCAGGCCGAAAUUGACACGCUGGUCAGCAAACAGCCGCAGGGAAGAGCUUUCGUUCGGCCGUCCGGCACCGAGGACGUGGUGCGGGUGUACGCAGAGGCCGAGACGCGGACCGCCGCCGACCAGCUGGCCUAUCAGGUGGCCGAGGUUCUGUAUCGGUACGCGGGAGGGGUCGGACCGAAGCCGACGCCGCCCCAGUGAGAAUGACCCCCGCUCAGUUACCCAGCAGGGCGCCUAUGGUACUCGGCAGAACGAUAUUGUCCUGCAUGUUUACUGAUGAAGAACACCUGAUGAUAUUUUUAUAAUUAACGAACAAACUGUGAUUUUUAUCGGGAUCAUGCUACAUCUUGACGUUGGCCAGAGAAGUGUCGUUUGUUAAACACACUGAUUUAUCUCUGUCAAAUGAUAGCCUAUGUUUGCCAGAUGAGCCGGCCUGGUUCAUUUUACGGAUGAACUGUAAGUUGAUUCAUAGCCCUUGUGGUAGUCUGAAUGCCGUGUCUCGCCGUCUGAUCGAUUGUCAUUCGUAUUACUGAACGCAGUGUUGCGUGCGUUUCUGUCUUGGAGACGGGUCAGGGCCGGUAUGGCGCCGUUGUAGGACCGCUGUGGGACCACUGUGGUGCCGGUGUGGUGGUGUUGGUGCUGGUGUUGGUGCAGGUGCAGGUGCUGGUGCCUGCAGAGGUGAUCGGUGGCACGGUGAUGGCUCUCUGUUCUCAACGAGUUCCUUGUUGAGCUACGUUUUGAUAAACGAUGGCAUUGUUAUGCCAUUCUGCGCGCCCCUGGAUCGUCUGAAGAUUGAUCAGGUUAUUUCAAGUGUCGAUUAGUGCCUUUGCUCGUAAGUGCGAAACUUUAUAACUAAAUGGUGAAAUUUAUUGCAUUCCGAAUCAAAUAGCCUUAUGCCCGCCUUUCUUCCAUGUUAUGUGCUAUGGCAUGCUCGCAAUACAUCAACACCGAUUAA